CGGCUGCCGAAGGUGUCCCGGCGGGCGGCUCUAAGCCUGGAAGCAGCGGGUUGAAGGCAACGUGUUGAAGGGGCGCUGCUGCUCAUGAUAUUGAAUAUAAGUUCUGUGUCAUGGAUGACGCUGCUUUGUCACUUGGAGCAAUAGAUGUUUCCUAUUCUUCUUCCUUGGCAGAAUGCACUGUGACUAGAUGUAAACACUCCAAUGAAGAAUGGGGAGAGUGCAAUUCUAGGCCUACUGUCUUCCGAUCAGCCACUCUGAAAUGGAAAGAGACCCUACUUGGCCGGAAUCGGCCCUUUGUGGGGCGCUGUUGCUACGUAUGCACUCCUCAAAGCCGGGACAAGCUUUUUAAUGCUAGUAUCCCUUCUUUGGGCCUUCGAAAUGUCAUCUAUAUUAAUGAAACACACACAAGGCACAGAGGUUGGCUUGCCAGGCGACUCUGUUAUGUUCUUUUCGUGCAAGAACGGGAUGUUCAUAAGGGUAUGUUUGCAAAUAAUGUGACAGAAAAUGUGCUGAAAAGCAACAGAGUGCAGAAUGCUAUUGCACAGGAAGCUUCAGAAAUGUCUGCUGUGAGUGGCUCUGGUCAGCCAGACCCCAGAAACGUCAACAAAGUCAAGAAGCAAGCUAGAAAAAUUCUUCAGGAAAUGGUAGCAAAUGUAUCGCCUGCUUUGAUCAGGUUAACGGGAUGGGUGUUGCUGAAAUUAUUUAACAGCUUUUUUUGGAAUAUCCAGAUUCACAAAGGCCAAUUAGAGAUGGUGAAAGCAGCAACAGAGCUGAAUUUGCCGCUUAUAUUUCUACCUGUUCACAAAUCUCAUAUUGACUACCUGCUUCUCACGUUCAUUCUUUUCUGUCAUAACAUCAAAGCACCGUACAUUGCUGCAGGGAAUAAUCUGAAUAUCCCCAUUUUCAGCACUUUGAUCCACAAGCUUGGAGGGUUUUUUAUACGGAGAAAAUUGGAUGAGAGGCCCGAUGGCCGUAAAGAUAUUUUGUACAGAACCUUGCUGUAUGUGCAUAUCCAAGAGUUGCUUCGCCAGCAACAGUUCUUAGAGAUAUUCCUGGAGGGCACACGGUCCCGGAGUGGAAAGACAUCCUGUGGAAGGGCAGGCCUUUUAUCAGUAGUGGUGGACGCUCUGUAUUCAAAUGCUACUCCAGACAUCCUAAUCAUACCCGUGGGAAUAUCCUAUGAUAGAAUCAUUGAAGGCCACUACAACAGUGAACAGCUGGGGAAGCCCAAGAAGAACGAAAGCCUUUGGAGCGUGGCCAGAGGAGUCUUCCGAAUGCUGCGGAAGAAUUACGGCUGUGUUAGGGUAGAUUUCGCUCAGCCGUUUUCUCUGAAAGAAUAUUUGGAUGGCCAAAGCCAGAAGCCUAUGCCUAUGCCUAUCCCUCUUUCUCUGGAGCAAACUCUCUUACCAGCUGUACUCCCUUCAAGACCUAAUUAUGUGGUAGAAGAAGGUACAGGGGCUGCACUUCCUGAUUCCAGGGAUUUAUCCUGUGAACCAUUGAGAAGACAGUUAAUCGCUAACUUGGCAGAGCACGUAAUGUUCACUGCUAACAAGUCAUGUGCUGUGAUGUCAACACACAUUGUUGCCUGUUUGCUGCUCUACCGACACAGGCAGGGAAUUGAUCUUUCCAAGCUGGUUGAAGAUUUUUUUUCCAUGAAGGAGGAGGUUCUGGCUCGGGACUAUGACUUGGGAUUUUCAGGGAAUUCUGAAGAUGUUGUCAUGCAUGCCAUCCAUUUGCUGGGGAACUGUAUAACUAUCACAAACACCAGCCGAAACAACGAGUUCUUCAUCACACCCAGCACAUCCAUUCCUACUGUCUUUGAACUCAACUUCUACAGCAACGGGGUACUGCAUGUCUUCUUCAAAGAGGCCAUUGUUGCUUGUAGCCUCCAUGCUAUACAGAAUAAAAGGCAUAGAAAUGGCAUCAACGGAAUCCCACCAAACAUGAUCAGUCAGGAACAACUGGUCCGAAAAGCUGCCAGCUUGUGUUACUUGCUCUCCAAUGAAGGCACUAUUGCCCUGCCCUGCCAGCUGUUAUGCCAAGUGUGUCAUGAAGCAAUUGAACAGUUCAUACAGUAUGGCAUUCUUUUGGUAGCGGAGCAGGAUGAGCAGGAGGAUAUUAAUCCUAGCCUUGCAGAGCAGCACUGGGAAAAGAAACUCCCAGAACCAUUAUCUUGGAGGAGUGAUGAGGAGGAUGAAGACAGUGACUUUGGCGAAGAACAACGAGAUUGCUACUUGAAGGUGAGCCAGUCUCAGGAGCACCAGCAGUAUAUCACCUUCCUUCAGAAGCUACUGGGACCAUUACUGGAGGCGUACAGUUCUGCUGCUAUCUUCAUACAUAACUUCCGCGGUCCUGUCAGGGAAUCAGAAUAUCUUCAAAAAUUACACAGAUACUUAAUAACACGAACAGAAAAGAACGUUGCAGUAUAUGCUGAGAGUGCCACCUAUUGCCUUGCAAAAAACGCAGUGAAAGUCUUUAAGGACAUGGGGGUAUUUAAGGAGACAAAGCAGAAGAGAGAUUCUAUUUUGGAGCUGAGCAGCACUUUUCUACCUCAUUGUAAUCGGCAAAAACUACUAGAAUUCAUUCUGGGAUUUGUUGUACUGUAGAACGUUUUGGGUUGACUUUGUCUGCCAGCAAGAAGUUGGUAGAAUUGGAGAAUGUGACACAAAGCUUCGGGGCUUUUGCUGCUUCCAUAAUGUGUAUAGUGCCAUUUGUGGGUAAGGCUUUAUCUAACCCAAACCACUGGAAGACAAGUGCCUUCAUACAUAUGCAUGUCUGGAACUACAAGAUUUGGUAACCAAGGCAAACACAACAACUUGGAUGCAAGUGAAGAGCCAUUAAUGGGAAAAACACGCAAACACACACACGCAAACACACACACACACA